AUGAAGGAGAGUGGAAGGAUGAUAUUAAAGAAGAAGAAGAGUGGGAAGGGGAGGGAGGAAGAGAAGCCAGCUCCGAAAGGCUAUGUUCCGGUGAUCGUCGGAGCUGGAGAAAAGAAGGAGAAGUUCAUGGUGCAUGUUGAGCUCUUCAAGCAUCCAACCAUGGUUGUUCUACUUGAGAAUGCUGCUGAGGAGUUUGGUUAUGAUCAUCAGAGAGGUGUUCUUAGAGUUCCAUGCAAUGUUCAACACUUCACUCAAAUGCUUCACCUUAUUUCAUCUUCUUCAUCUUGAUUCUUAUCCUUAGU